AGGGAACUCAAUAUGAUCAGUUCAGACAUCGGCCGUUUGGGGCUCUCAGCAGCAUUGGUUGGUGACAUGCUCAGCCAGUUGGGCCUCGUAGCUGGUAACGCGGUAAGACUGUACCAAGUAAGUGCUGUAAGGGGAUUUUUCUAUGUAGCGGGCUUCUUUUUUGAGGGCUUUUUGAUUUGGUUUGUGUUCAAGCCAGCAACGCUUUGGAUGAUCAAAAGAACCCCAAAAGGGAAGCUAGUGGGUGGUUCUAAUAUUCAAGGUGUUAUGUGUUUGGUUUUGUUGAGCUCUGCUGUCUCUGUUUUGUUGUCUCAACCAGCAAUUUUGGGUCCUUAUCUAUUGGGUUUGAUCAUUCCUGAUGGCUCUCCCUUGGUCAUCUCUAUGAUUGAAAGGCUCGAUUUUUUUGUUUCUGAGCUGUUCCUACCAAUUUUCAUCGCUAUGUCAGCUAUACAAGCGGAUUUGUCAAUCCUGUUGGUGGGGUUCAAGACCGUGUUUACACAAUUCAACAUAGUUCUUGCCUUUGUAACGUUUUCAGUGAAGGUCAUCUCUAGCUUUCUGGGUUCGUUGUACAGCGGCCUCCCUGUUCAUGACUCUUUGGCCUUGGCCUUCUUGAUGAGCAAUAAAGGCAUUGUGGAAUUGGCCUUCAUCACAAUUCUCAGAGGCUAUAGUGUCAUCUCUGAUGGGCUUCUCAUAUGGCUAACACUAAUCAUUUUAUUAGUUGCAACUCUUGUGCCAUUUGUAGUCAAAUAUCUGUACAACCCUUCAAUCAAAUACGCUGUCUCUCAAAACAAGAACAUCGUCAACUUGCCUAAAAACUCAGAGCUCCGAGUUCUGGUCUGCGUUCACCAAGAGAAAGACACUCAUGGCCUAAUUCAGCUACUCAAUCUCUCAUGCCCCACAAAGCAGAACCCACUAGCCAUUAGUGUGCUCCAUCCAGUUGAUCUGGUUGGCAGAAUCACUCCCGUUUUCAUUUCUCAUAAACAAGACAACUACGGCAACAAUCCCUACAGCCAUCAAGAUGAAUCCUACUCUGAAAACAUAGUCCUCUGUUUUAACCGUUUUGAGAGAGACCAAAAUGGCACAGUUUGUGUUGAAUGCUUCACUACAAUCACACCCCACAAGUUCAUGGUGAGUGAAGUAUGCAGAUUGGAGCUUCAAAAGGCCUCAUCUCUCAUAAUAUUGCCAUUUCACCAAACAUGGACAGCUGAUGGCCAUAUGGAUCGAGAUGACAACACAAUAAAGGCUUUGAAUUCUGGCGUGAUCGAAAGUGCAUCUUGUUCAGUGGGGAUUUUCGCAAAUAGAGGAAAUCUGGGGAACAUGAUGAGUGAAAAUGAUUGUUACUCAGUUUGUGUGAUAUUUUUAGGAGGGAGUGAUGACAGAGAGGCAAUUUCAUAUGCAAAGCGUUUGACAAAGGAUCCAAGAGUGGAGCUGACAUUGCUGAGAUUAUUUGCUCAUUCAACAGCGGAAGAUGAGGCAUGUAAUGAUCAAAACUGGGAUAAAAUGCUGGAUUCUGAGACCUUAAGGGAUUUUAAAACCAACUGUUUUGGAGACGGGAGAGUUCGAUACAUAGAAGCAGUGUGUGAAGAUGGAACUCAUACAGUCAUGGGAAUCAGAAAAAUGGUGAAUGAUUUUGAUCUUAUGGUUGUUGGGCGAAGAAAAGGGCUGGAAGAAUCAUCCCCUCAGACCUGUGGUCUUAAUGAAUGGAAUGAUUUUCCAGAGCUUGGAAUUCUUGGGGACCUCAUUGUAUCGCUUGAUGUUAACUUUAGAGCAUCUGUAUUGGUCAUUCAGCAAUCAGCUACUGAUACUUAAUUCAAUAUCAUUGUUUUUAC